GGAUGGUCAACCAGGGCUCUUCUCAUUUGUGAAGGCUUUGAUUUUGGUAUUCACUGUUCACAUAUGUUCUCUUUCUCUUUCUCUUUCUCUUUCGCUUUCGUUUUCUCUAGUACCUCCUCCUUUUCUUUUUCUUCUUUUUCUUCUUCUUCUUCAUUGCGUUUCUUUAGUAGGGUUUGGGUUUGAGUGUUUGAGUGCCCACUUCCCUUCUUCUUUGUUUUAGACUUAUCUACUCUUCCAGGAAGCAGCAGUAGAAGAAGAAGAAGAAGAGAGAAGAAGAAGAAGAGAUAUAGAGAGAAGAAGGAUAAGGGAUAUAGGGAAAGAGGGAGGAGGAGGAGAAGAGAGGAAGAGAGGAAAGGAGGGAUUUUGGUUUGAGAAAGAGAGGAAAGGAAGGAUUUUUGAUAUAUAUAUAUAUAUAUAUAGAGUAGAGUUUGAUGAGUUUUGGGGGAUUGUUUGAAGGGGGAACGGGUGCAAGACUCGGGGGAGAGAUACCCUUCUCGAGCCCAGCCAUGGCGGCGGCCGGAGCCGGUGGUAAUGUUUCGCAACCGCAUCACCGGAGUUUCACUUCCUCAGCCCUUUCUCUCGCUUUGCGAACGAACUCCGAGAGGAAUCCUAUGGCCGCCAUUGGCGCAGCUGCUGGAGCUUUGGAUUCAAUCAACGUGAAGGAUGACGAGAUCGAGAGCCGCUCUGGCAGUGACAACCUUGAAGGAAACUCCGGCGACGAUCUUGAUCAAGAUAACCCUCGUAAACGCAAACGAUACCAUCGUCACACUCCCCAACAAAUCCAAGAGCUUGAAGCGCUUUUCAAGGAAUGCCCUCAUCCUGACGAGAAGCAAAGGCUGGAGCUCAGCAAAAGACUUUGCCUUGAGAGUCGCCAAGUCAAAUUCUGGUUCCAAAAUCGUCGUACCCAAAUGAAGACCCAGAUUGAACGCCAUGAAAACACAAUUCUCCGGCAAGAGAAUGAUAAACUCCGGGCAGAGAACAUGUCAAUGAGAGAAGCCAUGAGGAAUCCCAUUUGCAGCAACUGCGGCAGUCCGGCUAUGAUCGGUGAAUCGUCUCUUGAAGAACAGCACCUUCGAAUCGAAAAUGCCAGACUAAAAGAAGAGCUUGAUCGAGUUUGCACACUCGCCGGGAAGUUCUUAGGCAGGCCUGUGUCUUCUACCUCUGGCCCAAAUGCUUCUCUCGAGCUGGGAGUCGGAAACAAUGGCUUUGCUGGUUUGAACCCUGUUGCUGCACUGCCGGAAUUCACUUCGGUUGUUUCGAGCCCGAGGAUCGAUAGAUCAAUUGAAAGAUCGAUGUUUUUGGAGCUGGCAUUGGGUGCCAUGGAUGAGCUUGUGAAAAUGGCACAGAUGGAGGAACCACUCUGGCUUCCGAGCUUAGAUUGUGGGGUUAAAGAGGCACUGAAUUUCGAUGAGUAUCACCAGGUUUUUCCUCGCUGCAUCGGCAUGAAACCUUCUGGAUUUGUAUCUGAAGCAUCGAGGGAGACUGGAAUGGUGAUCAUCAAUAGCUUGGCUCUCGUCGAGACUCUCAUGGAUGCUACUCGAUGGGCAGACAUGUUUCCUGGUAUAAUUGCAAGAGCAGCUAUUACUGACAUCAUAUCUAGUGGGAUGGGUGGUACUAGAAACGGUGCUUUGCAGCUUAUGCGCGCCGAGCUGCAAGUUUUAUCUCCAUUGGUACCGAUUCGUGAAGUGAACUUUCUUAGGUUCUGCAAGCAGCAUGCAGAAGGGAUAUGGGCGGUUGUUGAUGUUUCCAUCGACGGUAUAAGGGAGAGUAAUCCUUCAUCGGUGAGCUGCCGGAGAUUACCGUCUGGUUGCCUGGUGCAAGACAUGCCUAAUGGCUACUGCAAGGUAACAUGGGUAGAACAUGCUGAAUACGAUGAGACACGUGUACACCGUCUGUACCGGGGAUUGCUGCAAUCCGGUAUGGGCUUUGGUGCGCAGCGGUGGCUCGCCACCCUUCAGAGACAAUGCGAAUGCCUUGCCAUUCUCAUGUCAUCCUCUAUCAUUUCAAGAGAUAACUCCGCUAUAACACCGAGUGGACGAAGGAGCAUGCUGAAGCUAGCGCAGCGGAUGACAGCAAACUUCUGUGCAGGGAUAUGCACAUCCUCGAUGCACAAAUGGAGCAAGUUGUGUGCACCAGGGGUUGGAGAAGAUGUGCGGGUGUUAACAAGGCAGAGUCUCGAUGAUCCUGGCGAGCCUCCUGGCGUGGUUCUAAGUGCUGCUACAUCCGUUUGGCUGGCUGCCUCGCCUCACCGGGUGUUCGACUUCCUCCGCGAUGAGCGUAUCCGGAGCGAGUGGGACAUCCUAUCCAAUGGUGGACCUAUGCAAGAGAUGGCACACAUUGCCAAGGGUCAUGAUAACGGCAACGCCGUGUCCCUUCUCCGAGCUGCUACGGGAGGAACGAAUCAGAGCGGUAUGUUGAUACUGCAAGAGACAUGUAUGGACGCAUCGGGGUCGAUGGUGGUAUAUGCCCCGGUCGAUAUCCCUGCAAUGCACGUUGUUAUGACCGGAGGCGAUUCCACCUAUGUCGCUCUCCUUCCUUCAGGCUUCAUUAUCAUUCCCGAUAGUCCCCGGAACGGCAAUGCUACUGCUCGUUCAGGUUCUCCGACAGUUCGCGGUGGCAAUGCCGGAUGUUUGUUAACUGUGGCAUUCCAAAUACUUGUCAACAGCUUGCCUACUGCAAAAUUAACAGUGGAAUCUGUGGAGACGGUGAACAAUCUGAUUGCAUGCACUGUUCAGAAGAUCAAAGCUGCUGUUCAAUGUGAGAGUUGAAAUCAUAUUAUUUUUAACUUAAAUUAGUUAAUUAGAGUUAGUUCUAAAUUUAAAAAAAAAAAAGUUAUAUGAUUAUUAUCAUUAUGAUUAAUUACUGGUUUUGUUGUUGUUGUUGUUGCUGCUGUGACUGUUGCCGUGGAGUUGAGUCAAGAACGAACCCAUGCAAAGCGUGAAAAAGGCAAAUAUAUAUAUAAUAAUAUAUAAAUAAUAUUUAUAUGGAUCUAUUUGUUUUUUUUUGGUUGUAUAAAAAGAAAAAUAGUGGGAAAGAACGAAGGUGAAUAAUGAAAUGGUCUGGUGUGGUUCGGGAA